AUGGACACUAGCCUACAAGAAGAUGUUUCAUCGACUAAAUCUGAUGAAAGUCCAUCGAGAACACCUACUAUACCCGGUCUUACUUCGUCAACUAAUCCAAGAACAAUGCGUGAAUAUGACUCAGAAUUUCAAGAACUUAAACGUGAAAAUUUCGAUUUAAAAUUACGAAUAUUUUUUCUUGAACAAACUGAACAUACAUUAGAUAGUAGCGAUAUAUCAUCAUCAACAACUCAACGUCAUCGUCGUCCUCUUCAUCCAUCAUCAUCUGAAUAUGCUGGUCAACAACAAACAUCUAUUAUCGAUCAAUCAACAAACGAACAUAAUCAAGUUCGUCAGGCAUCAUUAACAAGUCGCCACCAACAAGGGACACAAAUUAGUAGUAUUCAGUCAACUGAUGAACACAAUGAGAUAGAAAAAUUAAAUCUUAAACUUCAACAGUGUCGUGAAGAAAAUGCAAAACUUCGUAAUUUACUUCGUGAUUCUGAUAACAUUGGAGACAACAUAAACCAAACAACUGCUGGUAGAAACAUUGAAACAUUAACAACAGUAACUUCAUUCACUGAAUCAACUCCAGAUACAGCUAUGCCUGUUAGUCGAUAUACUUAUCAAUUAAAUGAACGUGAAAGAAAACUUCGAGAAGAAAAUGAUUUAUUAAAACAAGAAACAGCUUCAUUGCAAUCAAAAUUAUUUGAAGUUAAUAACAAACUACAACAAGUUAAUGAGACAUAUAAAGAAGAACAAGCAAAAGCUGAACGUGUAUUGAAACGUUUAACAACUGAUUAUAAUACACGCAUUGCUAGUAUGCAAGCAGAAAAUCAACAAAAAUUAGCUACUUACGAAUCAUAUCGACAUGAGCAAGAACAAACAAGUUCCGAUGUUAAUGUUGAAGAACACCUUCGAAAAAUUCAUCAGCAAGGUCAAAUCAUUAAAAAACUUGAAAAUCAAAUUAAGAAACUCACUGAACAUCCACCAAUAAACCCCAGAUUAACUGAAGAAAAUUUUCAACGCUUAAAUGAAAAAUUAGAAUCAUAUGCUAAAAUUAUUGAAAAUUUACGAGCAGAAUGCAAUGAACUUGGACGAAGUGAAGCAUAUUUACAAACACGAGUUGCUACUUUGGUUCAUAUUUUGGAUCCAACAAUAUCAUCUGCAGAUUUACCUCCAUUACCUCGACCAUCAUCAACGACUGUUACGGAAGCUGCACUAGUUCAAAAUCCUGAAGCAGCCGUUGCUCAAGUAACAGUACAACUUCGAAAUGUUGCUGAUGAUGUAUCUGGUUUAACAAAUCGUAUAUCAAAAUUAAAACGUGAUUUUGACGAUAGUCAAACUACAGUUAGAAAACAAGAAAUACAAAUUCGACAACAUGAAGUACAUCUAUCUGGCAUUGAAAAACAAAUGAAAGACAAAUAUGAAUUGCAAAUCCAAACAUUUGAACAAGAAAAUAACAAUUUAAUAAUACAAAUUGAUCAACGUGAUCGUCGUUUAAGAGAAAGUGCCAAUGAGAUUGAUAAAGUAAGAUUAGAAUCACGACAAAUUAUUCGAGAUCUUGAAAUGCAAUACACUAAAGAGCAACAAACUUUACAAGAACAAAAUCAGAAAUUCACUGAUCGUUUAAGUGUUUGUCAACAAGAACUAAAUACAAAACAAGAAACUUACAAUGAGUUACGGAAAAAUUAUGAAAGUUUAAAAGCAACAUUCGAGUCCAUAAAUAUUGAACAAUUUCAAAGCACCAUUCAAAAACAGACAUCACAAAUUGAAAGUUAUCUUACAGAGAUUCGAGAAAUGGAAAAUAAUUUUCAAGAAGAACGACUUCAUCUAGAACGAGAACGAGAUUUUGAAAGAGGAAAAGUUAAUGAAAUACAAAUCGCAUUAGAUACUUCUAUUACACGAUAUAAAGAACUUCAAACUCAACAUGAUCAAUCACAAUUGAUUAUUGUUGAACAACAAAAGAAAUUUGAAAACCAACAUCUAGAAAGAGAUAAUCUAAACGAUGAAUUACAACUUGUUAAACAUGAAAAACAAACAACGGCAGAUCAAGUAUAUGAAUAUGCAACUAAAUUGCCUACACUAACACAAUCAAAUAAUGAAUUCAAGGAACGAAUAAUUGUUUAUGAAAAACGUUUGCGUGAUGGUGAAGAUGAAACAGAGCGGUAUCGAAGUGAACUUAUUAUAUUACAACGUGAUAAUCAAAAUAUAAAAGAACAAUAUGAGAUUUUUCAACAUAAACUUGAAGAAUCCGAAAGAAAAUACAAGAUAGCAUUGAAUGAUAAAAAGAGGUCUGAAAAAGAAAAAGAUGAAAUUUUACAAGAAAUUCAAACUUUAAGAAAAGAAAAUAGCGAACUUCAAUAUGAACUAGAUAGACUUGAGAUUAGAAUUCGUCUUGAAAUUACUCAAAAAUAUGAAAAUGAUUAUCGUAAACGUUACAGUGAAAUAUCUGAAACUAAAGAUUUAGAAAUCGAAACUUAUGAACAUGAGAUUAAACGGCGCAAUGCAGAUUUCAAUACAGCAAAAAAAACAAAUGAAGAAAUUGAACAUGAUGUAUCUCUUAAAUAUACAAGUCAAUUCAACGUUCAAAAUGAUCGUAUAGAAAUUCGAAUUCAUGAAUUAGAACAAGAUCUUGAAACUAAAGAAGAAUUUAUUCAAACCUAUAAGAAAUCUCUUAAAACAAAAGAUCAACACAUUGAAAAACUUCUUGACGAUAUUAAACAAGUUGAUAAUUCAAAUAGUGAUGCAAUUGAAACAUUACAAGAAGAACUUUCAAAUCGUGAACGACAAAUUGAAAAACUAAUAAAUGAAAAAUCUUUAGCUACUCAAGAACAUGAACGAUAUAUUAGUGAAUUACAAUUAAACAUUCAAGAUUGUCAACGUAAACUUACUCAAACUAAUGAUCAAUUACAACAAUCUGAACAAAAAUUCUAUGCACUACAAUUUGAAAUUGACGAUUUUGCACGAAAUCGUAAAUCUUUAGAGACUAAGCUUAAGUUUGCUCUUGAAGAUAAAGAAAAUCAUUUGGAUACAAUAAGAAAUUUAGAACAACAAUUAGAAAUGGAAAAGAAAAUAAAUAGUCUAACUCCAUCUGAACAACGUGAUCAAUAUCAAAGUAUUAUUGAUGAUCUUAAAGAUAAAUUUAAACAACGUGAAAAAUCAGUUCAGAAUCUUCAAAAUUCUCUUCAUCAAUCUAAUGAAGAAUUAAACGACGUUCGUCAAGCUCAUAAUAAACUUCAAAGUGAUCAUAAUCGAACAACUCUUCGUCACGAUCGAAUGGAAACACAACUUACAUCUGAUGUAGAAAAUCGUGAUCAGUUAAUUGCAACAUUACGUCAAAAACUAUCCGAUAAAGAACGAGAGAUCAAUAACUUACAUGAAAUUAAUAUAGAUAACGGAAAAAAAAUAAAUGAAUUACAUUCGAAACUUAUUGCUAUGGGACCAAAUUUUGAUUCAACAUUUUCAAGUGAACGUGUAUCUCCAAAUAUAGCAUUACAAAUCGAUAUACAAAAGAAAGAUCAAGAAAUUAUUGAUCUUAGAAAUAAACUAGAAGCUCUACAAAAUAUGCCUUCAACAGCUAGCUCGUCAAGGACAAUUAUUAGACCAGAACAAAAAGCUCGAGUACAUAUCAAUUAUGAUAAUUUAAAUCGUGAAGAACUUUUAUAUGAACUUGAAAUGGCUUUACAACAUAGUGAAGAAUUAAAUGAACAAUUGAAAAACAAAUUUCCUACCAUAACUGAAUUACACAAACAAUUAGUCGAAAUACGACAUGAACUUUCACGUCAAAAAUAUGUUAAUCAAGUUUUAUGGCGUAAACUUAAUGCAUUAAUUGAUAUUCAUGGUUCAAAUACACGAGCUGAAUUAACUAUUGAAUUAGCUAAUUAUCAGGAUGAACUUGCAAAAUUAAAAUCACAACAAAGUCGUACGAAUGAUAUUCGCUCAGCUAAGCUCGAUGCUAAUUCGAGAUCAUCAUCAGAACAAAAUCUUUGUUCAUUACAUAAUGGAAUGUCAUCGACAAGUAUUGAAUUACCAACAAAAAAUAUUAAAUCAACUAUAGCAUUGUUAGAACGAUCAAAUAUUGAAUGGCAAACAAAAUUAGCACGUCUUACAGAACAACUUGGUCGAAGUGAAAAUCAAUCGAGAAAUUAUCAUCGAGAAUUGACUAAAUAUCAAAAGAUAUUAUAUGAAGCUGGUUUAAUUGAACCAUCUACUCGACAACGUCGACGCAGUGCUGACGAUUCAGUUAUAAUUGAUCGAAAUCCAUCAAAUAAAAUACACGAUGAUCUUACAGAAAUCGAAAAUAUCCAUGAGCUUAGAGAAAUAAUUCGUAAUCAACGUAAAUUUAUUCAACAACUACAAAUGCGUGUUCGAACUAAUACACCAGAUAUAAUUCAAUUACCAACAAUAGACAAACUUAAACAGCAAAUACAAAAUCUAAAUCUUGUUAUUGAAACGUACCAAGAUGAAUCAAAUUUACUUAAAACUGAACUUAAAAAACUGUAUAAAACUAUUGAACAUAGUAGAAAAACACAACAAAACUAUGAAAAAAUUUUUCGAGAACAACAAAUUUGUAUUGCACAAUCAAAAAAGAAAUUAAAUAAAUAUGAACAAUUCUUCAAAAAAUAUGAUAAUCAUUUACCAAUAUUUGAUGAAAGAAAAGAACAUAUUAUUAAUCCAAUGGAUGAAUAUAUUAUUGAUUUAGAUAUUGAUAUAUUACAAGGAAAUGAUACGAAAAAAAAAACAUCAGUGGCUCAAAGAGAUAGUGCAUUAAGUAGUACAACGAAUACAAAUGAAUUGCAACGACAAAUAAAUGAAAAAGAUGAACAAAUUCGAAAAUUAAAUAAUGAUAUCAAUACAAAAGGCGAACAAAUUCAAGAUCUCAUGUUUAAACUUACCAACAUAAUACCAUCAUUGAUAACAAUAGCAAGUAAUAUAAUAUCUGUAUAUCGUGUACGUGAAUUAAAUCGUUUAACAUCAAUUUAUAUAUUACCAUGUCGUCGUCGCACAGAUGAUACACGUCGUAUAUUACUUGUUAUUACAGUUGAAUGUUUAUUUGCUAUAGUUAAUUCAUGGUUUAGUGAUAUAAUAUUAUCAUUAGUUUACUGUAAAAGAAAUUUAUUAGCCGGUGAUGAUUGUCCUACAUAUUUAAAACAAAAUUAUGAUUUAUUAGUUAUGUUUGAUAUGGUUAAUUCAGUAUCAAAUAUAAUUUUACAUUGUUUAUGUGGUAAACGUUUUCGUAAUGAACUUCGACGAAUGUUAAGAACAUAUAUUAAUUUUCUAAAACAUUUUCUUCGUGAUAUAUGGUGUUGUUAUUUUCAUAUGGAUUGUAAAAAAUUACGUAAACAACAAUAUGCUUUUUAUAAACCAUCUAUAAUGCAACAUGAAAGUUCAAAUAGUUCAAAUAGUGCAAGUCAUAAUCAUGUUUACUCAACAAUUCCAACAUCACCACGACCAAAUAGUAAACAUUGCUGUGAUUGUCGAUGGUAUUUUAAUCGAAGACCAUUAGGUACGUCUCAACAAUGUUUAUCAGCAAUGUCAAAAGAUUGUUUAAAAAGAAAUCAAAUACCUUAUACUAUUCGAUAUCAAUCAUUAACACAACGGACUUAUAUAACAAAACAAACUCAAACUCGUUCAAUGAGACUUUAUUAUCCACCACAACAAACAACAACAUCAUUAGUUAAUAAAAAUCGCUUUUUAAACCUUCAUUGA